UUUUCCCCUUCCUCGUUAAAGCCUAUCGUGGAAUGGGUCGACUAACCUCUGCGAUUGAAAUCCCAGAAGAACGGCGCCGGAGCCACAGAGAUAGCGGCCGCGACCGUGACCGUGGCCGUUACUCUCCGGAAUCCAAUUCUUAUCGCCGUCGCUAUCGGAGUCGCAGCCGUAACCCUAGCCGAAGCCGGAGUCGCAGUCUCAGCGGCAGCAGGAGUCGUAGCCGUAGUCCAGACUACUCAAGGUAUGAGCCUUCCUCUCAUAAUAACCGUCGUGACCAACGGUCCUAUUCCCCUUACCGUUCGAGCCAUCGACGAAGCCCUGAUUACGAACCCUACAAAUUCGAACGUCGGGGAGAUCGAAGGAAAGGCUACGACAAUGGAGAUUACAGGAACAGGCGAGCUGCCGAGUCAGAAUCGGAUGAGGAGCUAAAAGGCUUGAGUUUUGAGGAUUACAGGAGGCUGAAGCGUCAGAAGCCUCCUAUGGAUAAUGAGCUCAUGGUUGGCCCUAUGCCAGUGCCCAGGACUGAUGGACAGCCGGUUAACUAUGGUGGAGCACUUAGGCCUGGUGAAGGUGAUGCUAUUGCCCAGUAUGUUCAGCAAGGAAAACGUAUUCCCCGUAGAGGUGAAGUGGGUCUUUCAGCUGAGGAGAUUUCAAAGUUUGAAAGUCUUGGAUAUGUGAUGAGUGGUAGUAGGCAUCAGAGAAUGAAUGUUAUCCGUAUCAGAAAGGAAAACCAGGUUUACAGUGCUGAGGAUAAGCGAGCAUUGGCUAUGUUUAAUUACGAGGAGAAGGCUAAGCGUGAACAGAAGGUUAUGCCUGAUUUGCAGCGCCUGAUGCAACGCCAUAUUGGCCCUGAUGUUGGUCCAUCUCAUGAUCCGUUUGCUAGAAGAUCCGCUGACAUGGCUGAUGCUUGA